GACGGGAGCCUGCAGUGCCCCACCUGCAAGGCCAUUUACGGGGAGAAGACGGGAACGCAGCCCCCCGGGAAGAUGGAAUUCCACCUCAUCCCACACUCCCUCCCGGGAUACACCGACUCCAAAACCAUCCGGAUCGUCUACGACAUCCCCACCGGCAUCCAGGGCCCGGAGCAUCCCAAUCCUGGCAAGAAGUUCACGGCGCGAGGAUUCCCCCGGCACUGCUACCUGCCCGAUAACGAGAAGGGCAGGAAGGUGCUGAAGCUGCUGAUCGUGGCCUGGGACCGGCGGCUCAUCUUCACCAUCGGCACGUCCAACACGACGGGCGAGUCGGACACGGUGGUGUGGAACGAGAUCCACCACAAGACCGAGUUCGGCUCCAACCUGACGGGCCACGGGUACCCCGACCCCAACUACCUGGACAACGUGCUGGCCGAGCUGCUGGCCCAGGGCGUGUCCGAGGCCACCCUCAAGGACUGAGGUGGGCGAGGGGGUGGCCCCCUCGCCCCCCACCCCCGCCCGUGCCACCGCCGCCUGCGCCGCUUCGCCGCAGCCCCGCCCCGCGCCACCCGGUGCCACCCACCACGCGUCCCCGUGUGUGUCCGUCCGUCCGUCCCCCCGUCCCGCUCUCGUGGCGAUGCAUCGUGGGCUGGUGCUUUCCGACCCGUGGCCUCUUUGCGCGUCAGCCGUCUGUGCCACCCGUGCCACCCGCGCCGCCCGCCGCUGCCCCACGGAGCCGCGUCCCGCCGGUGUCAUGUACAUCUCUGUGUUACACAAUACACCCCGCGCCGGGCUGGUGGCCCCGCGUCCC